AUGAGACCGUCUGUAUUUUUUGACCUCUGACCCUGAUGAGACAUGACAUACAGUAAACAAAUACUAUACAUCACCACUGGAAGUACUUUGUUAUAUUUUAACAUAUGUACAUUACUUACUGUAAGUUUUAGAAAUGUAUUUUUUGUUGUGAUUUAUUUUCUUCAUUAUUGUGAGAACCAAAAUCUGCUUCUUUUAAUUUAGAUUAUACAAAUAAUAUUUCUAUAUUUUAAAGAUCAUUUAGAUCUAUCCUUAGAUAAUUCAUUAUUGUCGCUUUUGUUCUGGCUCGAAAUGGGAGAAGAUGUGAUCUGGGGUAAAUCAUAUGCAGCAUGUAGAACCUUUGCUGGCCAGCAGAGGGAGCCCGUUUCACCAUCAGCGGCCAGGAGCAUCUGAAGUCUCACUGCGGUCUUCACUAAACAUUAUUUAUAAUCCAAACUAUGUCACAGUGAAGCUGUGAUUUAGUGUUUCAUCCGAAGUCAAUUUGAGCUUGAAAUUGAUUAUUUGAUCUGAUCGGAGCAUCUGGAGAAAACAGCAGGGGGCGAUGUGGUUCCAUGGAGGAAGUCACUUCCUGAGAUGUUCCUGGUCAUUUAUUAAAGAACUGAUUCUUUAAUAAAUGACCAGAAAGUCAGAGGUUCUGCGGUACGUCCUGUCUGACGUCAGACCAGGCUGGAUCCGGUUGGUUCUGACAGAACUGUUUGUUAUCCAGUUUUCUGUCCGUCAGGUUGCCUGGUUUAUUGCUGCUGUUUACAUUGAAACUGAGCUUUUUCAUCCUAGGCAACACAAACCUGGACAGGUUCUGAUCCGGGUAGCAACUAAUUAGUUUGGUAACUUUUUGAAAAAAAUUAAAUGUUACUCCACAUUUUUACUUUUGUGUAAUUUUUGGGUUCUCUGCCCACCUCAGGUUCUAAAAACAGAACGUUCUAAAUACACUAUAAGGUGCUGCUCCACAUGCAGCCUGUUGGGGGCGCAGUGCUGGCCGGCUGAGCAGGUGUGAGGUGUGAAGGAGCAGGAGGCGCAGCUGGAAUGCUGCAGCUGGAAUGCUGCAGCAGGUCGACACACGCCUCACUGCAGAUCAGGAACCAGCAACAUGUUCCUGACAGAAACCAUGAGAGGAUACCGAGGCAUCAAGUACACCUUGUUCUUCUUCUGCUACUGUUUCUGGGUCGUCAGCGCCGUCCUGAUCGCUGUCGGGAUCUACGCCAAGGUCGCCAAGGAGAAAGAUGUAGUCGACACUCUGACCGUGGAUCCAGCGCUGCUGCUGAUUGUUGUCGGAUUGUUGAUGUUCCUCAUCACCUUCCUGGGAUGUUUCGGAGCGCUGCGGAACGCCACCUGCCUGCUGAAGACGUUCCUGUCCAUCCUGGCUGUGGUUCUGCUGCUGCAGGUCGCUGCUGGAGCUGUGACUUACGUUUUUACCGACUUGGUGAUGGAGAGGACGGAGACGCUGAUGAUGAAGGCCGUCGUCCGCUACAGGGAGGAUCAGGACCUGGAGAACGCCAUCGACUUUGUGCAGAAGAAGUUCCAGUGCUGCGGCGUGGAAAACUACAGGGACUGGUCCCGUAACGUCUACUUCGAGUGUUCUGAGAGCAACCCCAGCCUGGAAGUCUGCGGCGUUCCCUUCUCCUGCUGCAUCCACCUGCAGAACCAGACGGUGCUGAACACCAUGUGUGGUUACAGCAUGCAGCAGCAGCAGGAAGCGGCGGCCCGGCUGCACAUCUUCACGGCCGGCUGCCUGCAGCGGAUUGUCUUGUGGGCCCAGAAGAACCUGCUGCUGGUGGCCGGGCUGACGGCCGGUCUGCUGCUGCUGGAGGUGUGCAUGAUGGGUCUGGCCGCAGCGCAGGCGGCCUGGAUCCACCGGGUCCGACGGAGGCAGAAGGUCAGCGAAGGUCGCCGGGCAGAGGAGAGGAAGGAGAGGCUCUGGUUUCCCGCCUUCGCCGACUUCACUGAGGAAUGAUGAUGACGAUGAUGAUGAGCUUCGUCUCUGCAGGCCGGACUCAGCAGAACCAAACAGAACCAGGAGGUUUCUGAGGUUCCUUCUCAUCUCAGAACUUCAGGACUUUAAAGUGUGACCUUUGACCUGUUGGGGUUCCGGUCUCCUUCCUCUCUAAUCCCGCUUGUUCUGCUGUAAUCUGAGGCGGAUUAGCAGCAGGAUCACCUGCGGCGGCAGCAUGUUGCUGCGGGAGGCGGCCGUCACGCUCGCAUUAUUGGAUUCAUGACCUCAGGGUCGACCGGCGCGCGUGAGUGUGUGAGUGUGAGUGUGUGUGUGCGUGUGUGUGUGUGUGAGUGUGUGUGUGUGAGUGUGUGUGUGUGUGUGUGUGUGUGUGUGUGUGAGUGUGUGUGUGUGUGUGUGUGUGUGUGUGUGUGUGUGUGUGUGUGUGUGUGUGUGUGUGUGUGUGUACACAGGGUGCAUGAUGGGAAACCUCGUGUCUCAUUGAUCCUGUAUUUUAUACGAGCCCAUCACCAUGGAAACGGUUUAUGUAUGAAUACUUGAGGCCUUCUGCUGGAGUUUAUCAGAGAAAAUAAUACAUGGUUCAAAUCUGAAAAGUGUGGUGUGUCCCCAUAAAUAGUCAGGUCAGUUCUGGUUCUGACAAUAUAAUAAAUUGUUACAUUUCUGUAAUAAAAUGUUUUGGUCUGAUGUAGAAAAUCAUCAAAUGAACAGAAAAAA